CUGUUCAAUGUUUCACACACACCGACUCUAAAUACCCUACCAUUUACCACUAUGAGCGAGUGUACACGAUGAUGCCUGUCUCUGCACGCUGCAACCGUCUGUCUGGAGAACAUAAUUGAUUGUGGACACUUUGUGCGCAUACUUUACACGUUAUUUCCGCCAUGUGGUGUUCACUGCGUGGUACAUGGAGUAAGCUCCACAGGUGACACAACAACCCCCAACGACUGUUAUUUACACACAAGGACAGCGAGCGACUCGCGCAUACCUUAGUGCAGACCACUGCCGCAUCGGCAGAGCGAUACUUGUUUCUGUUGGACAUCGGCAAAGCUGGCAGUUGCUCGGAGUGAUGCUCUGAAAUCCGCCUAUAGACCACCGGCUGUCAUUCAAUAAAGCAGCUCGGUAUCCCAACGUUAUCUGGUUGGAAGCUUCUGAUCUAGUUGUUCUAUUCAAUAAAAGAACAUUGCCUCACAUUGCGAAGCUGGAGUAGCAUCAGAGAAGCUGCCGUUUACGACACUUAUGGUGUGAGUGUUGUGGGGGAAAAAAUAUACCGGAGCAUACAGAAGACUGUUUCGAAAGUUGCGCCAGUUGGACUUUGGAGUACUUAAAAUAUUUUCUUCUUGACAUUCUCAUGUCCCCGACAGACAUAAUGUGUAAUUCUCGAAGGAUAAGGUGGGAGUUUGCACAGUGACGAAACCCGAAAUCAACUGUCUCAGCAUUUUGAGGACAUUCGUGAUACUUCCAGUGGAUACAUGUUAACGACACCAGACGGACUGCAUUUGUGAAAGAGUUUGAAGAUAAUAUUCCCCUUUUAUGAAAGGCAAGCGCUGAGAGCAGACUGAUAGAGCUCACUUCUUCUCCGCUCUAACUCUACCUACCAUCUAUGAUUCACACCUAUCGGGCACAGACAGUUGAGAAAGGAAGACCUUUUAUAUCUCCCGUCUUAAACAUAGUGGCCAGUUCAAGUUUGAAGCAGACGACACCGUUGUCGGACCGGAAGGACAGCAGCAGACGAGAGGAUGUCAACUCUCCUGAAGCAAAUGAUCCGUUGAUUCGAACAGCUUCGCUUCUUCGGUAUGCCAGGACGAUGAUUUGACGGCUCAGCAGUUCCAAACUCAGUUCUCCCUUGGACUACCGUCACCAUGUCAAACCUAUCAACCGAUACCAACACCACCGAUACAGGAGAAUCGGAGGUGUCCAAGCAUGCAGUCAUCUGUAUCCUCAUGGUGCUGUCCGUAUUCGGCUCUAUAGGAAAUGGUCUUGUCCUCUACGUCUUCUCCAAGAAGGUUGACAAAGUUACAUCCACCAUCUUCAUCCUGGCGCUAGCUGGAGCCGAUUUCGUAACAUCGCUUGUCAUCAUGCCAUUCACGGCUGUCAAUAUUCUUUUGGACGAUUGGCUGAAAUACGACUUCAGCUGUAAACUGUAUCAAUUCUUCAUCACCUGCAAUGUUCCACUGUCUUCAUUCCUAAUGGUGGCCAUAGCCGUUGACCGUUACCUGUGCAUCUGCCAUCCGUUUGUUCGCGCAAUGACCCCGGCCCGAGCAAGAAUGUCCAUACUGUGCCUUAGUCUCUUUGCCUUCCUCCUAGGCUCAAUAACAUCUUUGGCUUACGGGGUUGUAGAGCCUCGAGUCGUCAGUACCAGUGCCAGUAAUAUCACCAACACAUCGGAAGUCACAACUGAUGCAUUCACCGGAAGUGACGACAACUCUACGACAACGGAAGUAACAGAAUAUGUGUAUACCGGGAAAUGUUCUCCAAAUAUGAUCAUCCUGAGUCGUGAUUUUCUAAUGAAUUACCAGAAGGUGUACGCCUCGUUUUUCCUUAUAUCCGUUGUGAUUGUGUCCAUUUUGUAUGGUCUCAUAUACUAUUCCGUGACGCAAAGGCGGAAAUGGCGUUGGAGGCAAAAGUCGUUAAAACCAUCGAUGAAGUCAAUGACGACGUGUCAUACCGACGUCGAAACCGUCGAACUCCACAAAACGGACAAAAAUGGCGUCAAUGCUGAAGACGACCCCGAGGAAAAACAACAGCUUAAUCAUCGGAAGCGUCCGAGCGGUCGAGAUAAAAAGGAUUAUAACCGACUUGCAAACAUUCGCACAGCCGCCAUGUUGUUUGUUGUCACCACGGUGUUUAUAAUAGCUUUUCUGCCUGCAUGGUUAAUGGCUCAUAGAUUAAUAGGAUACAACAUUGUUGUGUUUUAUAUGUACUUUGUCUACAGUGUGGCCAAUCCAGUGAUUUAUGCGUUCAUGAACGUCGCCUUUCGAAAGGAGCUGAAAGAGGUGUUUACGAAGGGGAGUUCAUGCACACGUUGAAUGUCCCGAACUGUGCGUUGACUUGUGGUGCGCUCUGAAACAAGACUCCAUGUUGAGAUAAUGCUUAUCUCUCACGCUGAUCGUUGUGAUGACGUUUAAUGCACCGAAGCUCCAUUUGCACUGUUAUUUAAGCUGUCUUGGUCUUAAAGGAUUCAACUGAAGACAUGUCCUUGGAUACGAUACCCCUUCCAACAUAGGACAUGUGAUACUCGUGCAAAGCAACUGGAAAUAAUUCCCGUCACCACUGACGAACGAUUUCGUGAAAUAUCAAACGCCUUUGAUUGAAGUAAUUUUAUGUUCCAUCAGAAAUCGCUAUGGGAAUGGUUUCCGUGGGCCAGUGAUCUUUGGCAGAGCUGCUUGUACAUCAAAUUUGGCAUGUAUACCUUUUUCAUAUGUUACCGUGUCUCCCCACGCUGCGGACCGUGCUAACAAACAUACAUCCACGUGUAUAUUGCUUUAUAUCCUGUACAUAGAAUAAUAUUUAUGACAUAUGAAGUCAUCACUUCCUGUGACCUCAGCCAAUCAAAAACGCUCUCAACUGACCCCACUUCUCGUUGAAUUUUGGCCUUUCGACACAUAUUUCAAAUCGAAAUUCGGGUUUUGAUUGGCCGAGAACACACACGUGUGACUGCGCAUGCGUUAUCAAUAGACAGUAUGUGGUUAUUGUGAACGCUGCAGUUAGGCUGCCAGAGGCCCUAUGCAAAUAAGCAAUGUACAAUAAUGUAAAUAGCCAAUAGUUGUUGCAUGUCAUAUGUCAAUUAAACUGUGUCGGUACA